AUGAAAAGAUUCCUCGCCGAGCUUGGAGAGGGUCUUUACAUCGAGAGUAUCCGAAAAGGACGAGGCAAAGACACUCCGUUCGAUGACCCGAUGUACAACGGCGAACUGUACUUCGACCCAGACGUAAGCGUCAUCCGACUUGCCUGCAAGAACGGAUAUGAUAACAACAUUGGCAAGCCUAUGAUGGGAACCAAAUGUCUAUGCAAUAACGGCAUCUGCAAAUGGACCAUGAACAAAGACCACGAAAACGAGCAACAGAUCCCAGUUUGGGGUGGUGGUACCUUCAAUUUCGUCAAGACUGUGAAGAGCAGCUACAUUACCUUGAAAGCUCGAAUCUCUAACUUGGUCAACGCUGAAUCGUGGAGCCACGACCAGGUUGAUACCGUCGGUCACCCAGAGUAUCUCGACCCAGAGUGGUGGAAAACUGCUCCAUUCACCGCUUUCGUUUGGUGCCCAUUUGAUGUAACGAAGGGUGGAUUCCGCGGAAAUGAUGGUCUCAUGACAUUUGGUGACUUUCACUAUUCCGAGCACAGCCCUGACGGUCACUUGUGGUCGUUCCUUUCAAGAUCAAACACCAAGCUGUGGAAGAAACCAAUCUGCGAAAAGGAUGAGACUGGAACAAUGGUCUGUACUUACAAAUCUACGUACUUCAAGGUCUAUGCUGAUCGAUCCACGAACAUUACAGAACAAGGACCCGUCGAUUACUCCACUGACUUCAAAACUGGAGAAGACUACUCUUGCGAGACUGGAAUCCUCCCAGGUCAUCAGAAGUUUGCCAUCCAAAAUAUGAUCAACAUCUACCCCAUUUUCGAAAAUGGAACUUUCGGCCAGAUGGUAAACUACUUCCGACAAACACCCGAUUGGCUCGCAGACUACGGAGACCAGAUUUCUCCACCAGUCUUCUAA